CAAACACAGGUUGCCGGUAAAAGGCCCGAUGAAGUUGAGGGUUAGUGCCUCUUCCUUUGCAUCGUCUCCAUCCUUGAUAUAAGAUUGGCCCUCUUGCUUUCAACUUCUUCACUGUAGUUAACCAGCUUCGUCAAUUGAUGUUGCCGGUUCUUCGCCUUGCAAGGCUGACCGCCUGCGCCGCACGCGGUUACUGCUAUCCUGAAGAAUAGCUCUCCUCCCGCUACUGGUAUCCCAAACUACCCUCGCUGUCAGAACCUCUCAAUGCUGUUCCACUUCAUUGAUGGCGGGGGUCAAACCGGCCUACGCAGCCCAGGAGCUCGUGAGCGGAGGAUAAUCCGAAGCCACGUCAUGAUAGGCAAAAACCGCAAUAAGACGCAUCGUCGUCGUCGUCAUCAUCAUGAGGAUGCUGUGUCCUGGGAAAAGGGUCGACAGGAUCACAGCGCUCCGACGAUCGACGAAUCGAGCUCCCGUGGCCGACAGGUAACGUGCCAAGCAGGUCUACAGCCUUCUCGAACCCUUGGGAAUCCACUGCAGCAUUUUCAACUCGCUUUUGCUCUGAAUCCAUACAUGCAGCGGGCAAUCCAUUCAUACUUCACCGGUAUACUGGAAGCCUUAUAUCCGUUCCAGAUCUGUCUCCGGCAGAGCCCACUGCAUGAUAUAUGGCUGAAUUACAUGUGUAUUGAGCCUGCCUUCCUUCACUGCGUUCUUGCCUUAUCAGUCGGCCAUAUGGCCUUUGCUUCACAUGGACAGGGUACGCAAAGUAACCCUGAAGCUCUUUUCCAUUCCGGCCGAGCUUUAAAACUUCUGAACCAAAAACUUCAAAAUCCGAGCGAUGGAAUAUCGGUGCCCAUAUUUGCUGUGGUUAUCGCUUUCGCUAUAUCCGAGGUUUCGACAGGAAAUCUUGAACAAGGAAAGGCGCAUCUGGACGGGUUGGAACGUAUGCUAGAGAUGAAAGGUGGUUUGUCGUUCUUGAACGAUAACCGCGUUCUGCAGCAGAAGGUUCUGAGGGCCGAUAUUGACUACAGCCUCCGGACAGGCUUAGCCCCUCGAUUCCCUUCUCACGCCCUCAACGCGUCGACCAUCAAAUUUUUACAGGUGGGCAUAGGUGAACAUCCUUCCUCCACGGAAACGACUCCGGCCUGGAACUCAUGGCUCGGCAAACUAGACAGCCGCCCUCGCCGUCUUUGGACGAUGGUGUACCAAUUCACUUCUGGUCUAAACAACCGGUCGUCAUUGACCCACAAUCUACAGCCAUAUCUAUUCCAAGAUGUUCUGCUUUGGGCUGAAUAUCAGUUACUCACGCUCCCAGAAUUUGCGUCAUGUGGGGGCAUGCAGAGCCUGCUGCGGGCCGGAAUGUUGGCCUUUAUGACAACCUGGAUCAAUUACAGUGGCAGGGCAAGUUAUGACUUUCUUGCCAACCAACUACGCAAUUUAUUGCUUUCGAUACCUGAACAUUCUUCGGCAUUGUUGCUGUGGACAUUGUUCGUUGGAGCUAUCUCAGUAUUUACAAUAGACGACAGACUUUGGCUAUUGCCGAAGCUUUCGCGAACAUUAAGAAAGCUUGCGUUAGAGGAUUGGGACGCAGUGAGAAAACAUUUGGAAUCACAGCCCUGGGUGCAUUUCAUACAUGAUAAGCGGGCGCAGGAGGUCUGGGAACAGGCUCGUGCUUAUCAUGUUGGAUCACGGUAUCUUGAGCGGCAAUCGUCACACCGACGCCACAGCAAGCACAGUACAGAAACUGUUGUGGUGCUCGGUGGCUCUGCCAUCGGACUAGCUACCAUUAUUCCCGAACGGAAUAGUGGCGGCGAAGCUCCUUUACGUUUCUCUUCGGGGGCAGAGCUGUUUAGAUAGAACAACACAUUCAAGAGCCCC